CGCAGCAGUCGGGCAGCAGCAAUCAAGGUUUAAUCCCAUCCCAGCCAGAGUUCGAAGCCCACCAGGCCAAAUGGCGAACGUUAAUUUGCAGAUGCCGCUCAUUGCAGCCGCCACCACCAUUCUGACAAUUGUGGGUGGGGCCACCAGCGGUGCGGAGACGGCCCGGAACCACCCAUUGUAUCAGACCAUGGGGUCUUUGUUCGACAAUCGAUGGCUGCCAAUGGAUCAAUCGCUGCCGCCUUCUCAUCCCAAUCAUCGUUAUGGUUCGCCUAAAAUGCCACACGGCGAUGGGGGCGAAAGGCGUGCCUUUAGCAGGAGCAUCAGUCAUUCCGCGGGCUCCCCGCAAGGACUGGCCACGGUGCUCAAUAGGCUCACAAAUCUCUCGGGCCUGGGUCACAUCAGCAAUGGCUAUGCCUCUGCGAUGACCCCCAGCCACACGGAGGCCUUGGCCCUGGGUUCCACCAAACAGGAGAUACCCAUUUACGAGGAGCACAAUGAAGAUGCCGCCGUGGCCGCAGUGGCAGCAGCUGGAGCCCAUGAAUUUGGUUCGGAAAAUGGACAAUCUGGCGGUGGCGGCCUGGAGAACAAUCAGAAUCAUUCACCGAUUUACAAUUAUCCCGGUGGAGGGCACAAUGGUGGAUUUUUGCCUGCCUAUGGACAGGCGGGAUCUGGUGCCGAGCAGAGCUACCAAUCCUGGGCCGAGGAGCAGCCGGAACAACAUUCGGCUCAUCCGUAUGCGUACGAUAAAAUUUCAAUGGGCAAUUUCCUGCCGCACUACGAGCAGGGAUCUGGAUAUGAUGACCAGCAGGAGCAAUUCUACCAGCAACAGCAGCAGCAACAACAGCAACUUUACCACCAGCAGCAGCAACUUCAGCAACAGCAGCAGCAGCAACAGGAACAGGAGCAGCACUCCUCGUACUUUAGCAAACAUGACCCAUCCGCCAGUGGAUCCGGUUCAACGUCGGCAUCAUCUGCCUCGGGCGGAUCUACUGCCGAUGACUACGAAGAGCAUCCCGAUGCGGGCAAGGAGCAGAGCUCCAACUACUUGUCGGAGGCAAGUGGUCAUGGCCAGGGUCACAGCCACCAUUCGCAUCAUGUGGACAUCAUCAACUAUGUGCCGGUGAAGCAUGUGAAGAAACAGCAUGUGCCGGUGGAGAAAGAGGUGAAGAUACCCAUUUCGCAUGCGGUCAUCAUACCGGUUCGCAAGCCAGUGCCCAUCCACAUACCGAUCACCAAGAACGUGCAGGUGGCCGUGGAAAAGGAACUGAAAGUGCCCGUGGAGCGAUUGAUACCGGUGCCCGUGGAGAAACACAUCCCGGUUCCGGUGGAGAAACAUGUGCCCUAUCAUGUGGUCAAAUAUGUGCCCAUCAAGGUGCCCAAGCCCUUUCCCGUCAAGGUGCCCGUUUUCAAGACGGUGCUGCACAAGGUCAAGAGCUGGUGGUAGAAUCAUUCAGCACACACUCCUGCCUUCCUGCCUUCCUGCUUUCCUGCCUUCCUCAUUUGCAUCCAGAGCACGCGGAUUUCGUUAUAGUUAUAAGCACAUUACGCAUACGCCACCGCUUCCCCCUGCAAACCAAAGUGAACAUCAUUAUGCAGUUUUGCACAUUUCGUAUUCCAUUUUUAAUGUGGAGUUUUAAAAUUCAUUUAAUCCUCGUGAUGUACAACAAUUUUGUGACUCAUUUAACAUUACAACAAUUUGCAUUAAAAUACAAAUACGAACGGAAACAGAAACUGAAACCCAACCAUAAACUGAAACAGAAACAAAAUCGGGAAAUGGCAAGGCACAGUGUGUGUGUGUGUGUGUGUUUACACACGCAUUGCAAAAGACCGAGGUUUUUAGCAGCAGCGAUUUUACGGUGCAUUUGUCAUGGACAUAACCCUUUACCAUUUGCCCACUUGGCACCUCAUCUCCAACUCCUCCUUUAUGGCCGUCCUCAUUUAUUUAAUUUCACUUUAAGCGCACACAAUGAAAUUUGUGUUUAAUGAAAUGAAAUUCAUCUUCACAAAAGGUUCUCGCGAGCAUUUUGCUCCUCCACCGUUGUUCUCAGGCUGCCAAAUGCCAUUUCCAGACCAUUACAUUGCCAGUUUGGUUUUUUUGUUGGGAUGGGCAAGCACAGCAUCCCUAUAGGUACUAUAUACUAUAUACUAUACCUUUGCAGUUGCGGGGUUUCCAGAGUUUCCGGCUCUAAUUAAAUUAAGUGCACACCUUUGUUGUCCCACUACGCGCUGGCAUGCCGCUCGUGUUGGCGUUGGCAUUGCCAUUGGCCCGUGUCCCACGUUCUGUGUCCCGUGUCACUUGUGCAGCUCUCUACUUUGAUUUGCAGCCCGAUUGAAUUGGCCAAGGGACUCCGGACUCUGGACUCUCCCAUCCCGAUUUUUUCUUGCCUUGCUUUCGCCAGUGGUUUGAAAAGUAUGCCACAAAGCUUUUAAAUAUGCACUGGACAUGGACAGCGGAGUGGCCGGCGAGCAAAGCUUACAUGCGGAAAGAAAGAGUAACAUAUCGCUUUCAGUAAAUUGUCUUGCCAGCACGCACAGCCUCUUCCUCAGAAAGGCAACUCUCACUGCAGGAAAAAAAGAAAGUUAUAGCUAUUUUCGUAUAUCUUUUUGU